UUUUAAUUUAAGAUAUAUCUUCUUAUAGAGGACUAUAUAUAUAUAUAUAUGUAUGUAUAUAUACGUCUGGUAAUUAGAAGCAUAGCCAUGGCCGCCGGAAACCUAAAUUCCUCUUUCUCGAAGAUCAAAUCCCAGCCGUCGGAUUCCAUCUACAUUAAAACCUACAAUUCGCUCUACCAAUCCGCGACCGCCUACUCCGAUUCCGAUUCCGACGACACGCCGGACUUCGCCACCGCCUUCGCUUCCCGGCGAUUCUUCUUCUCCUCCCCCGGCCGGAGCAACUCCAUCAUCGACUCCGCUUCCUCCACCUCGCGGCGGUCGUCGUCCUCCGAGAACGACGCCGGCGGCACCGUCGCUGUCCCGACCUUCUCCCCCGAUCCGUUCGUCGACUUCCGGCGGUCGAUGCAGGAGAUGGUGGAGGCGCGUGAGAUCAACGACGUCCUGGAGAAUUGGGAAUAUCUGCACCAGCUUUUGCUGUGCUAUUUGUCGCUAAACCCUAAGAGCUGUCACAAAUACAUCGUCGGAGCUUUUGCCGAUCUCGUCGUCGGACUUUUGCCGCCGCCGAUCGAAGAGGCGAAGCUAAUGACUGGUAAAUUUUUUGAAAGAGAUCAAAACUAUGCGGCAACUAAAAGUUCGGGCAUAGUAACAAACACAUCAGGUAUGUUGGAGACUAACAAGACUUGAUUCAGAAGUUUCAAUGGCAUUGAUAACAUCGGUGAUUAGCAGUCAAUCUAAAGAUAUACAUGACAAAUACGAUUACGGCAUGCUUUAUAAAAACACUAGAGAUAAAACCUUACAUAUCUAAAUAUGCAACAAUCAUGUACCAGAAUCACUGUGUAAAAAAAGAUAAAUUACCCUGAUA